AUGAAUUCGAAUACUACAACUGAAUCGUCUCAUGUAGACGAAAAACUAUCUAGAUGGAUGCCUCCACGAUUAUCUACCCUUUUAACAGAUGAUUUCGAAGGACACGCUAGUCCACCGAGAGAAGGUCGCGCCGAUCGUCUCAUGAUAUUCCAUUUUAUGAGACAUGGACAAGCACAUUCCAACGUCGGAGAACUUGAAAUACGUCGCCUGCUUCGUGAUCCAAAGCUCACAUUCGAUGGCAUACGACAGUGCGAACUAGUCAGAACUGUUCUCAACUCCAAUCGCAAUAUCAAGCAGAUCUAUUGCUCCCCAAUGACCCGCACAAUUGAAACAGCCAUGAUUACAUUUAGAGAUGUAAUGAAGUUUUUGCUGGAUAAGCCAGCUAACCAAAUUCAGGCCUGGGAUGCACUUCGUGAAUGGGGAUCUAGUCCCUGUCACACAGGCACUUCACUAGCGAAGCUUCAGGAGAUGUUUGGACACCAAAUAGACUUCAGCUUCAUCAAGCCUGAAUGGGAAUACAGCAAAGAUAUAGAUUUAUCCCGGGCUGCUAAGGUCAAGGAAUCACUUUUCAAGAUCGCUAGGAAUGUGCAAGAGUUGACUCGUCGUGGCUUGAUUUCUGAUGUCAGAGACGGCGACCUUUCGGUAAGUGGCUCAUACUAUGUGCCAUACGAGAUAGCAAUUGUAUCUCAUGCCGGGUUUCUAGAGACACUGUUAGAGGCAGAAUUAGGUGGUAAAGCCUCUGUAUAUCCAUUCACAAAUUGUUUCCACAACGCAACUCUGAAGUCAUUCUCUUUCGAAACCAUCAACGGUCCUGGAGGCGUUCGAUACGAAUUGACCGAAACAAAAGAGAGCAAGACGCGGAAAUACUCUCGUGGCCGAAUCACCCUCGGCUAG